AUGAUUAAUGGUGAUAACAGUCCGGAGCGAGGCUCCUGGAACCACAACUCCCGGCGUGCAGCGCGGCGUGCGCGCCGGCGCUUGGCGGUGGAAGGAGCCGAGGUGGGGGAGAAAGGCAUGAACAGAUGCACCGCAGAUACCCGCCAGUCUGAAGAGCAAGGUAUCUUCCUUCCUCCAGCUGUCAAAUCCGUACCUAUCUCGGUGCUGAAGCAGAAUGGGCUCCUGCAGGCUCUGGCAGAGGGAGCCAGUGGGCGCACAGAAGCUGAUCCUAGUGCAGAGGUGCUGCGAGCCCAGGAAGAAUGGGAGGCCGUGGAAAAUCUCCAGUCAGGGAUCGUGGGGACGUCUGCAGGUCCCGUGCCCCUGAUCGCCUUCAAUGAAGCACUGCAGUAUUUCCAGACAGCUGACCUGUCAGAGUGCAGGAAAAAGAUCCAGCCGACAGUGCAAAGGCGAGGGCUGUCUGCCGUGGCUCACUUCUUCUUCGGCCCCCCGCGGCUCCAUCAGCAGCUGCAAGGCGAGCGGGAUCUGGCCCUGGCGAUAGCCCAGUGUGGCUUGGAUAAUAAUGAGAAAGUGCACAUGAGGAUCCUGCAGACCAUCUACAAGAAACUAACAGGCUCCAGAUUCGAUUGUCCCCGCUACGGAGCCCACUGGGAAGAGCUGGGCUUUCAAGGUAUGGAUCCUGGGACAGACCUGCGUGGGACUGGAUUGCUCGGGUUAAUGCAAAUUCUAUAUUUUGUAAUGGACUCUCGGACAUUACCCCUAGCUCGAGAUGUUUUCAAGCUGUCCCAGCAUGAAUCACAGAAUUUCCCUUUCUGUGUCAUGUCUAUAAAUAUCACUCGCAUCGUGAUCCAGGCCCUGAGGGAAGAGCAUCUUUCUCGAGAGUGUAACCGCAGACAGCAGGUCAUUGCAGUGCUGAACGAUUUGUAUGUGGCCACCUCUCUGCGCCUCUACGUCAUCUGGAAAACACAACAGAAAACAAUUUCUGACUCUGGCUUUGUUCUAAAAGACCUGGAGGCAUUUGCCAAAAAGAAACCGAAGCAGCUUCUGAGAUAUUUGGAGAUCUACAUGAGUGGGAGAGCUGUGUCAGUAAUAGAUGGUGGUUUUCAACACCCUUCUCCCUCUUCCGGUGUACGCAGUCCUAGCCUCAACUCUGCCGUCGGCAACAGCAGCAAAGAGAUAAACUUCACAGGAGUGUGCGACCCGCAGGUCGAGAUGGAAGGAGAGGCCCGGCUGAUCUGAAACCAAGGCAACUCCGCCAGCUGGGAAGAUUCUUGUAAGACACCGAUAGACACUCCCGUUGGCAGAUCUCAUUAGUGGCUGCUAGUCCCUGCCCAUCUGUUCACAGUCACUUGUGAAGGGCUGGGAGGUCUGAGAUGGUUCUAGAGUAAGUGCAGUAUCCAAGCCGCUAGGCCAGAUGUCGUGGGACACGCCCGGGGGAAGUUGGUGGAGUUUGCGAUGGAGACCUAGACGACGCCCUACUUCAUUGUAGAUGCUUCAAUUCUCAAGAGUUUGUUUGUGAGAGGCUUUAAGGAGCCCAAGCUGUUGUUGCUGAACCGUGAGGGAGGUGAGCAAUUGAAGCAAACUGCAGGCCUGAAUUCCCUUCAGCUAGGAUUCUCCUAGGGGGAGUUAGCAAGUGGGUAGGAGAUGCGAAGCUGGCGAGGUGUGUGUUUUAUUCCAGCCAUCGGGCUAGAUGGGCCCAGAGUCUCAGUUGACGGCACCCACUGAGAAUGUGGCUCACGGUUUGUAGGGGAUCAUCAGCGUUAAGCACUAGAUGUGCUGGAAUUGGGGUUGGUCGGUCUGUCUGGCUAUCAUAGGCCAUUGCUGUACCAUCCGAGCACCUCACGCUAUUUAAUGUAUUUGUGCUCACGCCCCUCCCCUUCAGGCUGGGCAGUGCUGUUGUCCCUAUCUUACAGAUGGGACCUGAGGCCCAGAGAAACUUGUGACGUGCCCAGGGUCACACAGGAAGUGUGUGGCAGAGCAGGGGAUGGAACCCAGUUUCCGGAGUCCAAGGGUAUUGUCCCAAUCACUGCACAGUAAGGUCCAGCUGUAUGUGCCGGUGAGACGUUCUCCCUUGUAGUGUCAUGUGGUAGCUGAACAGUUCAAGCCCCCUGCGGUUUGGGCUUCUCUACUCCAAGUUAAUGCUGUUCGUACCGUCCCUGCUUCUCCUUCUGUGCAUCUGCUCAGGAGUCUUCAUCCAGAGUCUCAGUAAAGAAUGAUGAGCUUUACUGAAACUUGGAAUGGGCAAGAUCUGUCUGGAUUAGGGCCUGAGAGAGCAAUAGUGAGACGCAGACCCCUGGCUUCCAGCAUUGCCACCGGCUAUCAGUUCAGACACUCCUGACUCUUGAGCAAAGUACAGGAGAGACAUGGUCAUUCAGGUACAUGGCAUCCACCUGGAUAGCUGCGGGUGGGCGCUCCAGCCUAUGGGGGUACAUCUGCACUGUGUUGUACACCCGGGUCUGUGGGAGCCAGGCUUUUGUACUCUAUUUUUCUAAGCCCAUGCCUGAGCUUCCACACUGCAUUGUAAACCUGGGUUUACAGUUGCUGGACCUGAGUCUCACACCCGUGCUAAUGCGUCCAUAGUGCAUGACGCAGACCUUCUGACUUGGGUCUGCAGCUUGACCUGCAUCCACGCUUCACAAUGACAGGGAUUGGAUCCGAAUCACAGUCGGACAUGGGCUCUGACCCACCUCCCUUAGUAGGGUCCGAGGGCCUGCUGACCUGAGUCAGACUGAUCUGUGUGUAAACAGAAAGGGGGGUUGGGCUCAAACCAGAGUCAAAGUUUGGGCUUAGCGUGCCUGAGGUAUACACCGCAAUAAAACAUCUACACCUGACCCGUGUCAGCCGACUCGGGCUGCAGGUUUAUAAAAUUGCUGUGUAGACAUUUGCAGUCAGGUCCAGCCCAAGCCUGAACGUCUACACUGCAAGUGUAUAGCUCUGCAGCCUGAGUCCCGCAAGCCCAAGCCAGCGGAUGUGAGCCAGCUGCGGGUGUGUUAUUGCCGUGUAGACAUACCUUGAGAGAGUAAGGCAGGGAGGAGCUGGGGCAGGGAGAGCAGUCCCCAUAGGCAGCUCCGGGGGGAUACAUGGACGUAACACUAGAGUUAUGAUUACAAGAGAAUUCCCUGUAUUGUUUGGGCUCAGAAAUUUCCGAAGUUCUUUGCACCCCUGGCUGGGUCUCAGCUCAAAGGGGAAUAUUUGCUGGAAAGUUUCAGGGAAUUCCUGUUCAGACAUUUUUAAAUGAUUGACAGAGAACAGAUUUGUCAGCUUUACACUUGUCUCCGCCCAAAAAUGCUUGCUCCACAGAAACGCCAGAGUUGCCAACUCUCGUGAUUUUAUCACGAGUCUUGUGCUAUUUGGUGUACUGAUCAGCACGAGUUCAAAGGGAGUUAGGUGCCCAGGUGCUUUUGAAAAUCCCACUAGCUUCCUAUCUUCAUCUCUAGGCACCUGAACGCCUUUUAAAAAUCAGGCCCUUGGAGACUUGCCCAGUGUUUCAGGGGAGUCCAGGGUUUUGAUGUGAUCACAGCCUACAAGUACCUACGUGGGGAGAAGAUUUCUGAGAGUAGAAAUCUCUCUAAUCUCGUAGAGAAAAGCAUGGGAAGAUCCGGUGUCAGGGAGGUGCGGUUCCAAUUGGAAAUAAAAUGCAAUUUCUUAACAGUGGAUUAAGAACAGUGGAGGCAGUUAAAUGGAUAAUAAUUAACCAGGGGAACAGCUUCCCAGGGGCCAUGAUACCCUAGGGUCAUAUGUCUUCCUAAAAGUUUUGGGGUGCAAUUCUGGGCGGUGGAGGCACAGCCCAGGGGUGGGGUAAGGGGAGGGAGAUAGCUCAGUGUCAGGUCUGCAGCCCUGCAGUUCUGGGCUGCUCCAGUGGCCAAAGUGGUCUCUGCAUAAGUCACAUCAAACCGGCAGUAGCUCGCAUUUGCAACCCAAGAUCCUGUCGUGCAGAGACCUGCCUUCCUGUCCUCCCCAGCCCUGUUCCCAACAGGCUAGGGAAGGGAGGGCAGCAGCUUAUGGUAGUGCUGCACUGGGGGAAGUUCUUCCAUGGUGUGUUACACUGUUGGAGCAGCAGGUAGGGCCCAAACCUGUUGUAGGCUGCAUCUCAACCCCAGUUGGCACAGCAGGGAAGAAUAGUCCCCUCUGCUGCAGGUGUGGCCAGGUGAGGGUCUCUGGCCAGUGUUCUGUAAGAGGUCCACUGGCUGAUGAGAGGGCUUCCAGCAAGCCUGAACUCUAUGAAAAGGCCAGUUAGAAUGAGCAGCUUACUGUAACAGAUGCAUUUUGCAGCAGAGGCAGGGGGAUACAGUGGUCCAGUCUUCAUGAUCCUGAAGGGUGCAGGGCAUGUUCCUUAGGGGGUGCAUCUCCUGAGUGGCAGAGGAAGUAGUUUGCUUUCAUAGUUGCCUUGUGCUUCAUGGAAAUCCAGUGUGUUCCUACUCUGCUGAGGCCCCAUCCCUAGAUGGGCCCUUUCCCACUGCCUUUCCAGCUGAAUCUUUGUGCCUCUUUAGCAUAGCACAUAGGCCUGUUGUCUCAUAUCUUUGGCUUGGAAAUGUCUCUGUCUCGGCACUGCGGUGCAUGCAGAUAAGCUCCAUAAAUACAGGCCUCAGUGGUGUGUCACGCCACAUGCCACUACCCUGGAGCCGUGUACACUAAUUGUAACCGGAUAGGCACUUCACAAUAAACCGUUGGCGUACUGUU